GGAGGAAAUCGAGGCGUUGGCUACCUCGCUACUCCAACUCCAAGAAAAUAGCGACGUGUUCUUUCUCCUCGUUAUGGGAAUGGUCGUUUUCUUUAUGCAGUGUGGGUUUGCGUUUCUGGAAGCAGGCUCAGUGAGGUCCAAAAACACCAUUAAUAUCCUGGUUAAAAAUAUGCUAGAUGUGUUCAUCGGCGGCAUAUGCUACUGGCUGGUCGGCUACCCUCUGGCCUUCGGUGAGGGCAAUGCCUUCUGCGGCGCCUCCUACUGGGCAUCGUCAGGCCUGCCCGAGGACCCUGCCCACUGGUUCUUCCACUUCGUCUUCUCCGCCACCGCCGCCACCAUCGUCUCCGGAGCCGUGGCGGAGAGGUGUGGCUUCGGCGCCUACGUCACGUACUCCGUGGCUCUGACGGGCCUCAUCUACCCCAUCAUCAGCCACUGGACUUGGGCACCGGACGGCUGGCUCGCCUCCCUCGGCUACCGGGAUUUCGCAGGCUCUGGGGUCGUCCACGUGACAGGGGGCGUGGCUGCUCUGGUGGGGGCGGUCCUGCUAGGUCCUCGCCACGCCCCCCUCGGCAGCGGCAGGCAGGUCAUUCGAGGUCAUUCGCUUCCGCUAACAGCAUUCGGAGGCUUCACCAUCCUCUUCGGUUUCCUGGCUUUCAACUGCGGGGCUCAAGGCACCAUCACGCGAGAGGGAGACGCGCAGGUAGUGGGGAGAGUCGUCUUUAAUACCGCGCUCUCUGGCUGUUCGGGCGGAGUCUGUGUCCUCUUCUUGCACAGGACGGUUCGGCGCCGCUCCAAGGCUUGUUGGUCUUUCCUCAUGGCACUCAAUGGGGCCAUGACUGUUGAUGACCCCCUGGAUGCCGUCCCCGUCCACCUUGGAGGAGGACUCUGGGGACUUGCUGCAGGAGCUCUUCUUCGGGAGGGCGGUCUCUUCUACGGCGGAUCAGCUGGGCUCCUGGUCUGGAAUUUCGUCGGCGGCCUGGCUAUCGUGUGCUGGUCCGGGGGUCUGAGUUUCCUGGUCUUCGGCGCACUCAAACGGUCCGGGAAUUUGAGGGUCCCUUUGGCUGUGGAAGUCCGUGGUCUGGAUCUCGCCACGCACGGGGAGGCGGCAUACCCUUUCGAGGCCUGGGAAGAAUCGCAGUAUUUCUGUCACAUUUCUUCGGGUUCAGACCAUCGCGCCCGACCUGCAACAUGGAUGCCCAAAUACCCGACAUUUCCCCCCGCCCGCCGCCCACAUCUCCAAAGCCAAAACCACUACCUACGCCCACAGAAAGACGCCCACGACACCCGGAAGGAAGCUUCACCCGUCACCACGCCCACAGAUCCGGAAGUGGCUGAUGGAGAUGAGGGAAGGGAGGGCAGGAAACCUCAAUCUUUCAUUCGUAAUGGACGUGCUACACAGGGACACAGUUAA